AUGAGCGGUGCAACUUCGAGCGAGGCCAGGGUGGUGGAUAUGAUAAGCAACCAAGACCACUCGGAGGAGAGGGCAAAGUUCUUACACCGCAACUUGGUGACUCGGUCGAUUCGAGAGAGGAUGACGCGAUCGCACUCGUUGCAAGAUCGACUGUCAAGCGUCUGCUUGGAGACAAGUGGCAGAUUGGAUACGCUUUCAUCGCGAUCCGUUGGCGCGAUUGCUCAAGUGCUUUCGAGUGAGGUAUCGGACCCUGUCGCGGUGAGUCAGUCAGACUUGAUGCAGGCAUGGACGUCGAUCUCUCCGCCUGCAUUUCCAGAUUCACCAGCGUACACGGCGUGCUACUGCGAGGAAAACGUGUAUCUGCUCACCCGGCAUCUGUCGGAUCAGCUGCAGCUGAUCAACCAUGCCGCAGUCAACAUCGCGGACGUCCAGCGAAAAACGCGAACCUCAACAAUACCGAAACGAAGCGGACGCACUUCCGCGUCCGCCUCGGACUCGACCUCGGCUUGCGCUUGCCCUGCAACGCAUUCGGUGUUCGUUCCCGUCUGGGACGUCGAUGUGGUAUUCAUGAGCAAUCCCACAAAGAGCGUGCUGCUGUACCAGCAACAUGCUUCUAAAUUGGCCAAUGCCGGUUGGCCAGUGAUAUGGGACUACCAUGUGGUGGCAGUGGCUACGUGUAGCUUACUUCCAUUAGACCAACUGGUAAGCGUGGACGGUGGCAUUGUGGAGCCACGCUGGUUUGCGCGCAAAGCGGGUUGGUGCAGAAGCUGGGUGUACGACUUGGACUCGCGUCUCACCAACGUUACGACUUCGAGAAGCGUUGUCGAAUGGCGAGAGUACAACGAGCAGACAUUUCGCGCAUCUCAACCAAUCGCGUCGCACUUUGAAGCGCGAUUCCGCUGCAUACGCGCCAACGAGUUCCUAGCUCACUUUGCCAGUGAUCGGAGCCACAUGCUCUCGCGCUCCUCGAGCGCAACUCAACCAGCCUGGGCUGCUGAUCCUCCAAAAUGGAAGUGCAUCAUCGGCACGCAAGCCAAACGUGAUGGAGUAGUCAACAAUUUGAUGGACAAGUACGUGGAUGUAGGCGCACAUCAAGACGAUGAACGGUAUGGUGUUGUAUGGGAUGCAAGUACGUGGUUUUCCAGCGAAUGUCGGCCGCGAUGCCCAACUGGAUGGUUGGGAGACUCAAUAGGCAAUCUUGCCAACCGAGCAUCCGCAACACCGCCGAUCGUGCACAGUGGUGCACGGACAGAUUCGUCCAUGCAACCGCGCCAGCGUGCAAGUCGCACUUCACAAUCAUCGUCAUCGUCCCAGCAGUACAACUCACAACUAUCGUCGCCAAUCGCACCACCAGCAGCACCAACAGCCGGCGGCCGCAUCGCAUCUCCCCUCUUUCCAGCUUAUCUGCAUGCUUCCCAGCAACACCGCUCUCAGCUCAAUCCUGCGUCUAAGCCUUAUUCCCCAACCUCCUUCUCCGCUCCAUUGUAA